CCUUUUUGGGAGGUGGAACUCUAACUUAUUAAAAUUACAUUAAUUAAUUAUAAAAAGUUAAAACUGGGAGAAACAGACAGAUGGACAGGGGAGGAAAUUUAAAACAAAACCAACCAUAUAAACUUACAUUACAUAUACAUAUUAUAUAUAACAAGAAACCUCAACUUUAUUUUAUAUCUUUUCCUUUCCUUGUGAUUUAUUUCUAUUUCCAUUCUGAAAGUGAGCAUUUGUCCUACUUCUCAGCCACUUCCAAACUCCACCAUUUUCAAUCACCUGCUCUCUCUUCUGGACUUUUUUCUUCUUUUUCUUGUGAAGCUUGUGUUGGGUUUUCAAUGGUGGAUUGGAUUGGAGAAAGGGAGUACGAGAUUUCUACUGGGAAAUUGAUUUAGUUUUUUUAAUUGGCAAAGCCAAAGGCGGUAUUUUUUUUGGAUAUCGACUCUGGAAAUGAGAGCUGGGCUUGGUACGAUCCUGCAAACUCUGACGUCGGAGGCGGCUGGUAUUCUGAACCACUCAAUCGCUGAGGCGGGUCGCCGUAACCAUGGCCAGACCACGCCGGUCCAUGUGGCUGCGACGCUGCUGGCUUCGCCAACGGGGUUCCUACGCCAGGCCUGCAUCAAGUCACAUCCCAAUUCGUCGCACCCACUUCAGUGCAGAGCUCUCGAGCUCUGCUUCAGCGUCGCUCUCGACCGCCUACCCACGGCGCAGAACGUCGCCGCCGGCUCAGAACCACCCAUCUCCAAUGCGCUGUUGGCAGCCCUUAAACGCGCACAAGCCCACCAACGGCGCGGCUCUUCCGAAUUGCAGCAGCAGCCUAUGUUAGCGGUGAAGGUUGAGUUUGAACAGCUAGUUAUAUCGAUUCUCGAUGAUCCAAGCGUCAGCCGAAUUAUGCGGGAGGCGAGCUUUUCUAGCCCUGCCGUUAAGGCUACAAUUGAACGGUCUUUGAGUUCUUCGGCAUCAAUACCAGUGGUGAAUUCAUCCCCUAUUGGAUUGGGUGGGCCGACGCCUAAUCGGAAUCUGUAUCUGAAUACACGGUUGCAUCAGGGAAGCGUUCCCCAAUUGGGACAGCCGAGAGGGGAGGAAGUCAAACGAAUCGUGGAUGUUUUGCUCAGGACGACGAAGAGAAAUCCAAUUGUGGUUGGGGAUUCGGAAACAGAUGCAAUGCUAGAAGAAUUUUUUAGGCGAAUUAACAAGAAAGAACUGACUGAUGAUGGGCCGCUCGAGAAAGCUGAGAUUAUCCAUUUGGAGAAGGAGAUUGCAUCAGAUGGAGCACAAAUACCCACAAAACUUGAAGAAUUGGAAGAUUUGCUAGGAACCCGAAUUGCCAAUUCGAACUGUGGAAGCAUAAUUCUUGACUUGGGGAAUCUGAAAUGGUUGAUUGAGCAGCCGGCGGCUUUUGCAGCCCCAGGUUCCGGCAUGUUGCUGCAGCCAGUUGUCUCGGAGGCAGCACGUGCUGCCGUUCGGAAGAUUGGAAAGCUAUUAAUGAGAUUCAGAGAGGAAACUGCCGGCCGGAUAUGGUUGAUCGGAACCGCUACUUGUGAAACUUUUUUGAGAUGCCAAGUCUACCAUCCCUCAAUUGAAAGUAAUUGGGAUUUACAGGUUGUCCCCGUCGUUGCUAAAGCCCCUCGUUCUGGGUUAUAUCCAAGGCUUGGAACAAAGGAGAUUUUAGGAAGUACGAUUGAAUCAUUGUCCCCAAUGAAGUUCUUUCCGACUCCUCCCAUUACCCAACUAGGACAUGAAUCUGAGACUCUAAAUUAUAGUUCGAGAACAGCUUUCUGCUCACAGUGCAGGCAGAAGUAUGAAGAAGAGCUACAAAAACUCAUGAACGAGGAGUCUGAGAAAUCUUCUUCAGGAGUCAAAACAGAUAGCACGAACCCAGUAUUGCCGCACUGGCUGCAAAAGGCUAAAGCUCGUGCUUCUGAUGUUGAACCAGUAGAUGCAAGACAGAGUAAGAACAGAGAUUUGAUGGUAAAGCAGAAGACUCAAGAGCUACAAAUGAAAUGGAAUAAUACAUGCUUGCGCCUUCAUCCUAAUUACCACCGUCCGAAAGUUUUUGGUUCUAUAGGAAAUAUGGCAAUGGGAAUCUCAACAACGGGGUUACAUAAUCAAAACUUGCCCAAGUGCCAGCCUUUUCAGCCUAGGUUAGAACUGAAUAAGAGCCUUGGUACAACUCUUCAGUUGAACAUGAAUCCACUACCCAGCCAACCAUCUGACAACAGCUCAUUAAGAACAGACUUGGUUCUUGGGCAAGGAAAGGUUAUUGGCAGCAUUCCUGAACAAACACAUAAAGACAGCAUCAAAGAAUUUUUGGGCCAAGAUUAUAAAUCUUCUGGACCUGAGAUGAAGUUUCUGGACACUCAAAGUACCAAACUUCUAGGUAUAACAGAUAUUGAUUCAUACAAGAAGAUCCUUAAAGUUCUUAUGGAAAAGAUAUGGUGGCAGCGAGAUGCAGCAUCUGCUGUGGCUAACACCAUAACUCAACGCAAAUUGGGCAACAGGAAACGUCAAGGUGGUGGAUCAAAAGGAGACACUUGGCUAUUAUUUGCGGGACCCGACAAAGUUGGCAAGAAGAAGAUGGCAUCAGCUCUUGCAGAGCUGGUAUCUGGGUCCGUCCUAGUCACAAUUUGUCUUGGUACACAACGUAAUGAUAGAGGAUUGGACAAUAAUUUCCGUGGUAGAACCCCGUUAGAUCAAAUUUCAGAGGCUGUUAGGAAGAAUCCAUUUUCAGUGAUUGUUCUUGAGGACAUUGAUGAAGCAGAUGUUCUGUUUCGCAGGAGUAUAAAACGGGCGAUAGAAAGUGGUCGGCUCACUGAUUCCCAUGGCCGAGAAAUCAGCCUCGGUAAUGUUGUUUUCAUACUUACAACUGUCUGGCUACCCAACGAUCUAAAGUACUCGUCGGAUCACAAUUCUCUUGGUGAAAAGGAGCUUGCAAAUUUAGCUAGUGAAAGUUGGCAAUUGAGGUUAUCCCUAUCUGAAAAGCUAUUAAAACGCAGAGCGAAUUGGCUUUGCAAUGAUGAAAGGUCCAUAAAAACAAGGAAAGAUACAAAUCCAAUUCUGUUUUUUGAUUUGAAUGAGGCUGCUGAUGCAGAGGAUGAUACUGCAGAUGGAUCACAUAAUUCAAGCGACCUCACAAUUGAUCAUGAAGAUGAAUAUGGCCAAAGCAAGAUGGAAUCAACCACAACUUCACCAGCAUUAGGCGAGCUUCGGGAUAUCGUCGACGAUGCCAUUAUCUUCAAGCCUGUCAACUUCAAUCAGAUUAUCCGUGACAUUAAAACAUCAAUCAACGAUAAAUUCUCCACCAUUAUUGGAGAGGGGUUCUCAAUCGAAUUACAAAACCAGGCUCUUGAAAAGAUUUUAGCUGGGGUAUGGUUUGGCGAAACUGGUUUAGAGGCAUGGGCAGAGAAAGCACUAGUUCCUAGCUUCAACCAACUCAAGUCUUGCAUCCCAAAGACAGCAGGUGGCGUGCCAGACAAGUCCGUAGUCGUUACUCUCGAACUAGACCGUGAAUCAUGCAGCCGAGACCGGGGAGACUGGCUGCCCAGUAGCAUCAAAGUAGUGACAGCAGUAGACAGCUUAUGAGUAUAGGAUUGAGUACACGAUGGAUCAUCAUUUCCACUUGACAAGCUUGUACAUAUAUGCAUAUAUAGUUUGCCCCAAGGCUGGGGGAGGGGGGGCGUAUUAACAGCUUCUACUUCUAGAUAGACCAAAAACAAAUAGAUUUUUGAGUACUGUCGAUAAAGAGAAAGCAGAGGAGGGUAUAUUGUUGACUGAUGGAAGCUUUAACACGACAACAAAACAAUGUGUUGUACUUUCUUUCCUCCUUGGCAUUAUUUAAUUCAAUUGCGUUCACCUCCAUAUUUAUUCAUAAACUUCCCCAAUAAAGAAGUAAUAAUGAAUAGCACAGCAGGAGCAGGAUGGUAUUUUAAUCUUUUUUGUUUUAUCCUCUGUCAUUGGUGUUCAUCUCAUGAGUGUUGUUUAUUUGCACGAGUAAUGAUAAGGGUCAAAUAUGUUUUAUGACAAA